GCUCGGCGAGGGGACGUGCGCGCGGACCCAGCUCCCGAGGACGCGGCGGAGGGGCGCGGGGCGCGGCGGGGCGCGGGGCGCGGCGGGCGCGUGCUGCUGGCUGAAGAAGCGCUGCUCCACGUCGCGGCCAUGCCCUGGCUGUGGCGAGAGAUCCUCCUGGAGAGCCUGCUGGGGUAUGUUUCUUGGUCUCUCUGCCAUGGCCUGGGACCGAUGAUCUAUUACUUUCCCCUGCAAACUCUGGAACUCACUGGGCUUGAAGGCUUUGGCAUAGCGUUUCUUUCUCCAAUAUUCCUAAUAUUUACUCCUUUCUGGAAAUUGGCUAGCAAGAAGUGGAUGCUCAUCCUGUUGCGGAUAACUACUGUGGGCGGCAUAGCCUCCUUCCUGGCUCCAAAUGCCAGGGUUCGGCUGGUGGUCCUUGCGCUUGGUGUGUCUUCCUCCCUGAUCCUGCAAGCCGUGAAAUGGUGGACAGGAAGUGGCUUGCAAAGGUACCUCAGAAUCUGGGGAUUCAUUUUAGGACAGAUUCUUCUUCUUGUUCUCCGCAUCUGGUACACUUCACUAAACCCAGUCUGGAGUUAUCAGAUGUCCAACAGAGUGAUACUCACAUUAAGUACCAUAGCCACACUUGAUCGCAUUUACACAGAUGGUGACUGCAAUAAACCAGAGGGAAAAAAGCCCGGAGAGGCAGCCAAGGGCAUGGCCUCCAGACCUGCCUGGUGGUUGGCAGGGGCUGCCUUUGGCAGUCUUGUGUUCCUCACCCACUGGAUUUUUGGAGAGGUCUCGCUUGUUUCCAGAUGGGCAGUGAGUGGGCACCCCCAUCCAGGGCCAGAUCCUAACCCAUUUGGAGGUGCAGUCCUGCUGGGCUUGGCGAGCGGAUUGAUGCUCUCGGCGUGUUCGUGGUUUCCCAGUUCCAGUAUAAUCUGGUGGGUUACAGGAGCAGCUUCGGCUGCAGGCCUCCUGUACCUGCCCACGUGGGCAGCCGCUGUUUCUGGCUGUGUGCUCGCCCUCUUCACGGCGUCCAUGUGGCCUCAAGUGCUUGGACACCUUCUUAGCUCAGGGUCGGGCCCUGGGAAAGCCAUGACCAUUGCCAUGAUAUUUUAUCUUCUAGAGAUAUUUUUCUGUGCAUGGUGCACGGCUUUUAAAUUUGUCCCAGGAGGUGUCUACGCUAGAGAGAGAUCUGAUGUGCUUUUGGGGACAGUGAUGCUAAUUAUUGGCCUGAAUAUGCUAUUUGGUCCUAAGAAAAGCCUUGACUUUCUUCAAACAAAAAAUAGUCCUAAAGCACUUUUCAGAAAGAGUGAAAAAUACAUGAAACUUUUUUUGUGGCUGCUUGUUGGUGUGGGGCUAUUGGGAUUAGGAGUACGGCAUAAAACCUAUGAGAGGAAAUUGGGCAAAGGGGCACCAGCCACAGAGGUGUCUGCUGCCAUCUGGCCUUUUAGGUUUGGCUACGACAACGAAGGAUGGUCCAGUCUAGAAAGAUCGGCUCAAGUACUCAAUCAAAUAGGUGCAGAUUUCAUAACAAUUCUGGAGAGUGAUGCCUCUAAGCCCUAUAUUGGGAACAAUGACUUAACUAUGUGGUUAGGGGAGAAGUUGGGUUUCUAUACCGACUUUGGCCCAAGCACGAGGGAUCACACUUGGGGGAUUAUGGUUCUGUCACGAUACCCAAUUGUGAAAUCAGAGCAUCACCUCCUUCCGUCACCAGAGGGCGAGAUUGCACCAGCUAUCACACUGACCGUUAACAUCUCGGACAAACUGGUGGAUUUUGUGGUGACACACUUUGGGAAUCAUGAAGAUGACCUUGACAGGGAACUUCAGGCAAUUGCUGUUUCAAAACUACUGAAAAGGAGCUCUGAUCAAGUGAUAUUCCUGGGAUAUAUCACUUCAGCACCUGGUUCCAGAGAUUAUAUACAGCUCACCGAACACGGCAAUGUGAAGGAUAUUGACAGCACAGAUCAAGACAGAUGGUGUGAAUAUAUUAUGUACCGAGGGCUGAUCAGACUGGGUUAUGCAAGAAUCUCCCAUGCUGAACUGAGUGACUCUGAAAUUCAGGUGGCCAAAUUUAGGAUCCCUGGUGACCCCAUUAAUUAUAGAGACAACCAGAAAGUGGUCACAGACCAGAGGGAAGUUCCAAAGGAAAUUCAUUUCAAUCCUAGAUUUGGAUCCUACAAAGAAGGACACCAUUAUGAGAAUAAUCAUCAUUUUCAUAUGAGUACACCCAAAUACUUUUUAUAAACGAUUUAAAACAGGAUUCAUUGACUGAGCAAGUCUAAGGGAAACAAAAGUAGAAGAAGAAGAAGAAGAGAUGAACAAAAGUGGGGAACUACCCACAAAGAACCUCAAUUUUGAAAAAAAUAUGGUACUUAUGCAGUGGGAAAUUCUAUCAAUUUAUAAAAUAUAUUGCUAAGUAAAAGCAUUUCUCCAAAUUGUUUUUCUUAAGUUUCUGAUAAAAUAUAGAAUAUGGGGUAAUAUAAGAAAGUUUUACUGCUAAUUUAUUCUGUUGUUUUGGAUGGAAUGUUCUCUAUAUAUCUGUUAUGUCCAUCUGAUCUAGGGUAUCAUUCAAAGACACUCUUUCCUUAUUGAUUUUCUGCCUGGAUGAUCUCUCCAUUGAUGUAAGUGAGGUGUCAAAGUCCCCUACUAUU